ACAAAUAAGAACAGUCCCCACCCCCCACUUCCCACCCAUGUUCCAACAGAGCCUAACAAAAAAAAAAAAAAAAAAAAUCCCUGUACCAUUUAGCAGAUUGGCUUUAAUUCUGCAUACAACCACAUAUAUUGUAUACCUUGUAAAAGAGAAGGGAGAUACAUUUUUAAAUUAUACAUGCAAAUAGAACAAAAGUGGUCUCUAUGAGUCCUAAAUUCUCUCUAAUACAGGGUCGGUCUUACUAAACAUAUCAGUGCGGGAGCUGCUUUAAAAGUGGAAAAAGGUUUGAGUUUCCAAACUGAAAUAUAGCCUUUAAUAGCCUAUAAUAAUAUAAUAAUGAGUCUUCCAGUGUUUGACCAGGACAGUUUUCAGUUUUUUUGUCCUUAAACUGUCCAAAUCUGAACCAGAGUGUUUGUUGUGAACAGUUGAGUUCAGUUCAAACUCUGACUUUGUUGAAAAAUCUACACAUUAAAUAUUUUAGAACUGACUCUGAAUAAAUACUUCCACGUAUCACAGUGUUUUAUAGGAGGUUUUUAUGCACUUUUUUGUUUUUCUACAUUUUGCUCAGAUCUAAUCCCUGUCCAGAUGAGGUCUGUGUGUAUUUGUGGUGCGUCAGUCUCAUGAACUCCUCCCUAAACUCUUCCUCUGUUUACUUUCACUUUCCUCCUCCGUCGUCUUUGCUCCAGGUCUGUGCAUCUGAAGGUGAGACUCAGAUUGAUCCAGGAAACAGCUCAGCGGUGACGAACACAAACCCUUUUCUGUCAGACGUCCACAGCAGAAUGGAUCAGUGUGAGGACAGAGAAGAGGGAGCGCCUCUAUGGAAGACCACCCACACCCAGCCCACAGGACCUGGACCUGGACCUGGACCCAGCCGUGUGUCCAUAAAGAGUGAUGACUCCAUGGAUCGAGGCAUACAGUUUAAAACAGGAUGUGUUUGUGAGCCUCAAGUGGAGCAGCAGAGCUCAGAGGUUCCCAGUGAUCCACAACAUCAGACUCAGAUGGACUCCGCAUUUAAGGAAACACAGAAGGCAGCACUUAAAGAACAUCUGUUUGAUACUCUGAAGGAUUUGGUCGAUGACGACUUUAAAGAGUUCAAGUGGUUCUUGAACAAUGAAAAACCAACCAUUCCAAAGAGUCGACUGGAGAAAGCAGACCGGAUGGACACGGUGGAUCUGAUGGUCCAGACCUACUACACAGAUACUCCAAGAGUCACUGUAACGAUUCUGGAGAAGAUGAAGAAGACUGAUCUGGUGAAGAAACUUUCAAAAAACAUCCCAGUAUCUGAAGAGAACAUUAACCAGGGUCGGCAAGAACUGAAGGUUAACCUGCAGCAGAAGUUUGAGUGUGUGUUUGAGGGCAUCGCUAAAGCAGGAAACCCAACCCUCCUGAACCAGAUCUACACAGAGCUCUACAUCACAGAGGGAGGGGCUACAGAGGUCAACCAGGAACAUGAGGUCAGACAGAUGGAAACAGCAUCCAGGAACCCACACAGACCACCACCAACCAUCACAUGUGAAGACAUCUUUAAAAGACCACCUGACAGACAUGAACCAAUCAGAACAGUGCUGACAAAGGGCGUGGCCGGCAUCGGGAAAACAGUCUUAACACAGAAGUUCAGUCUGGACUGGGCUGAAGACAAAGCCAACCAGGACAUCCACUUCAUAUUUCCAUUCACCUUCAGAGAGCUGAAUGUGCUGAAAGAGGAGAAGUUCAGUUUGGUGGAACUCAUUCAUUACUUUUUUGAUGAAAUAAAAGAAGCAGGAAUCCAGAGGUUUGAAAAACUCCAGGUGGUGUUCAUCUUAGAUGGUCUGGAUGAGUGUCGACCUCCUCUGGACUUCAACAACACUCAGAUCCUGACUGAUGUUACAAAGUCCACCUCAGUGGAUGUGCUGCUGAUGAACCUCAUCAGGGGGAACCUGCUUCGCUCUGCUCGCCUCUGGAUAACCACACGACCUGCAGCAGCCAAUCAGAUCCCUGCUCAGUGUGUUCAUAGGGUGACAGAGGUCAGAGGGUUCACUGACCCCCAGAAGGAGGAGUACUUCAGGAAGAGGUUCACAGAUGAAGAACAGAGCAACACAAUCAUCUCCCACAUCAAGACGACACGAAGCGUCCACAUCAUGUGUUACAUCCCAGUCUUCUGCUGGAUCACUGCUACAGUUCUGGAGGACAUGUUGAAGACCACAGAGGGAGGAGAACUGCCCAAGACCCUGACUGAGAUGUACAUCCACUUCCUGGAGGUUCAGACUGAACAGAAGAGCGUCAAGUAUGAUGGAAGAUCUGAGACAGAUUCACCCUGGAGUCCAGAGACCAGGAAGAUGAUUGAGUCUCUGGGAAAACUGGCCUUUGAGCAGCUGAAGAAAGGAAAGCUGAUCUUCUAUGAAAAAGACCUGACAGAGUGUGGCAUCGAUAUCAGAUCAGCCUCAGUGUACUCAGGAGUGUUCACACAGGUCUUUAAAGAGGAGAGAGGAGUACGCCAGGUCAAGAUGUUCUGCUUCAUCCAUCUGAGUGUCCAGGAGUUUCUGGCUGCUCUUCAUGUCCAUCAGACCUUCAUCAACACUGGAGUCAAUCUGCUGUCAGGUCUCCUAUCUUCUGUUUGGUCUAAACUAUCAAAGGACAAAACUGUAAAGUUCUACCAGACCGCUGUGGACCAGGCCUUACAGAGUCCAAAUGGACACCUGGACCUGUUCCUCCGCUUCCUCCUGGGUCUAUCACUGCAGACCAAUCAGAGUCUCCUACAAGAUCUGAUGAAACAGACAGGAAGUAGCUCAGAGACCAAGAAGAAGACAGUUGAGUACAUCAAGAAGAAGAUCAAUGAGAAUCUGUCUGUAGAGAAAAGCAUCAACCUGUUCCACUGUCUGAAUGAACUGGAGGAUCGAUCUCUGGUGGAUCAGAUCCAACAGUACCUGAGAUUAGGAGGUCUCUCCAGGUCUGUUCUGUCUCCUGCUCAGUGGUCAGCUCUGGUCUUCAUGUUACUGUCAUCAGAUGAAGAUCUGGAUGAGUUUGACCUGAACAAAUACUCUGGUUCAGAGGAGGCUCUGCUGAAUUUGCUGCCAGUCGUCAAAGCCUCCAACAAAGCUGUAUUAAGUGGCUGUAACCUGUCAGAGAGAAGCUGUGAAGGUCUGUCCUCAGUUCUCAGAUCCCAGUGCUCUAGUCUGAUACAUCUGGACCUCAGCACUAAUGACCUGAAGGAUUCAGGACUGGAGAUCCUGUCAGAUGGACUAAGGAGUCCAGACUGUAAACUGGAGACUCUCAGGUUGAGUAUCUGUAACCUGUCAGAGAGAAGCUGUGAAGGUCUGUCCUCAGUUCUCAGAUCCCAGUCCUCUAGUCUGACUCUUCUGGAUCUCAGCAACAAUGACCUGAAGGAUUCAGGACUGAAGAUCCUGUCAGAUGGACUAAGGAGUCCAGACUGUAAACUGGAGACUCUCAGACUGUCAGGAUGUCUGAUCACAGAGGAAGGAUGUUCUUCUCUGGUCUCAGCCCUACAGUCCAAUCCGUCCCAUCUCAGACUGCUAGACCUGAGCUACAACCAUCCAGGAGCCUCAGGACAGGAGCUGUGUGCUCUAGUGGAGGAUCCACACUGGACACUGGACACUGUCAGGUUGGAGCCCAGUGGAGUCCGAUGGUUGAGACCAGGUCUGAGGAAGUAUUUCUGUGAACUCAGCCUGGAUCCAAACACAGUGAACACAUACCUCAAACUGUCUGAAAACAACAAGAAGGUGGAACGAGUGAUGCAGGUUCAGUCAUAUCCUGAUCAUCAGGACAGAUUUGAGUACUGGCCUCAGCUGAUGUGUUCAACUGGUCUGACUGGUCGCUGUUACUGGGAGGUCCAGUGGAGUGGACGGGUUUAUAUAGCAGUGACUUACAGAGGAAUCAGGAGGAAAGGAUACAGUGGAGAGUGUGGGUUUGGAGAAAAUGAUCAGUCCUGGAGUCUGUACUGUGAUAUAGGUGGUUACAAGUUCUGGAAUAAUAACAGAUACACAGACCUCCCUACGUGGCGCCUCGCCUACAACCCCUUCCCCUUUCUCCCCUCCUUCCUCUCCCCCUCCUCCUUCCGCUCCUCCUCCCCCUUCCUCUUCUCCUCCUCCUCCUCCUCCUCCUCCUCCUCCUCCUCCUCCUCCUCCUUCUCCUCCUCUGGUACAGUCUCAGUGUAUGUGGACCAUCCUGCUGGAUCUGUGUCCUUCUUCAGAGUCUCCUCUGACAAACUGACCCACAUCUACACCUGCAAAACCACAUUCACUGAACCACUGUUUGGAGGAUUUGGACUGGAGACACAGGGAUCCACAGUGUGUCUGUGUGGUGUGUAGAUGUGUUUGUGUAGUUGUGUUUUUGUAGUCGUGUUUGUGUAGUUGUGUUUGUGUAUCUGUGUAGGUGUGUUUAUGUUGUUGUGUACUUGUGUUUGUGUAUUUGUG